CAACAGUAGAGCCUGUGUGUGCGUUGUUUGGCGGGCGCAUCCUCAUCCCCCGACCCGACCGAGAGGCAGCGGACCUCCUGCAUCCCUAAACCACUGCAUUGUAUCUGCAGGCACUGCUAUAGGCUUUCAUGGGCAACAUCAUGCGCAGGGCUCAGUAACGCCGGGACCUUUCCUAUUCAACGUGCUCGCUUGGUGUCACAGUAAAUCGCGGCUUUCGAAUCAUUUUGUAAAGGAUAAUGAUGAGGCGUGACCGCGACAGGGACAGAGACCGCGAAGAACGGUCGCGGGACAGGGACCGUGACCGGGAUCGAGACCGUGACAGGGACCGAGAUGUGAAGUCAUCCGGGGUGCCCACCAUCCCAGCUGCAGGCGGUGGAGGCUUCCUUAAGCAAACCCCUUUUCAGCAGCAGAUCAACCCCUUCACCAACCUGCCCCACACGCCACGCUACUAUGAGAUCAUGAAGAAGCGGCUGCAGCUGCCUGUCUGGGAGUACAGAGAGAGCUUCACUGGCAUCCUGAUGCGUAACCAGUCUUUUGUGCUGGUGGGAGAGACGGGCUCUGGAAAGACAACACAGAUCCCUCAGUGGUGUGUGGACAUGGUGCGGUCAAUGCCGGGACCAAAGAGAGCAGUGGCCUGCACCCAGCCCAGGAGGGUGGCGGCCAUGAGCGUCGCCCAGAGGGUUGCUGAUGAGAUGGAUGUCAUGCUGGGCCAAGAGGUGGGCUACUCCAUCAGGUUUGAGGACUGCAGCUCUGCCAAGACGGUACUCAAGUACAUGACAGAUGGAAUGUUGCUGCGGGAGGCCAUGAAUGAUCCUCUGCUUGAGCGCUAUGGUGUCAUCAUCCUGGACGAGGCACACGAACGCACAUUAGCUACAGAUAUCCUCAUGGGGGUCCUCAAGGAGGUGGUCCGCCAGAGGCCUGACCUCAAGGUCAUCGUGAUGAGUGCCACGCUCGAUGCCGGUAAGUUCCAGGUGUACUUUGACAACUGCCCACUGCUGACCAUCCCCGGACGCACACACCCUGUGGAGAUUUUCUACACGCCGGAACCGGAGCGGGACUACCUGGAGGCGGCCAUCCGCACUGUGAUCCAGAUCCACAUGUGUGAGGUGGAUGAAGGGGACGUUUUGCUCUUCCUCACUGGACAAGAGGAAAUUGACGAAGCCUGCAAGCGAAUCAAGAGGGAGGUCGACGACCUGGGGCCCGAAGUCGGUGAUAUCAAAAUCAUCCCACUGUACUCCACAUUGCCUCCACAGCAGCAGCAGAGGAUCUUUGAGCCGCCCCCACCCAAUAAACCAAAUGGUGCCAUCGGACGGAAGGUUGUCGUGUCAACAAACAUAGCCGAGACGUCCCUGACCAUCGACGGUGUGGUGUUUGUAAUUGAUCCCGGAUUUGCCAAGCAAAAGGUGUAUAACCCACGUAUCAGAGUGGAAUCCCUUUUGGUUACAGCCAUCAGCAAGGCUUCAGCUCAGCAGAGAGCAGGUCGUGCUGGACGGACAUGCCCAGGAAAGUGUUUCCGCCUUUACACAGAGAAAGCUUACAAGACAGAAAUGCAGGACAACACGUAUCCAGAGAUUCUGAGGUCUAAUCUGGGCUCUGUGGUGCUGCAGCUGAAGAAACUGGGUAUUGAUGACCUGGUGCACUUUGACUUCAUGGACCCACCAGCCCCAGAGACCCUGAUGCGAGCCCUGGAGUUGCUGAACUGCCUGGCAGCUCUCAAUGACGACGGUGACCUGACGGAGUUGGGCUCCAUGAUGGCAGAGUUCCCCCUGGACCCCCAGCUGGCCAAGAUGGUCAUCGCCAGCUGUGAAUUCAACUGUUCAAACGAGGUCCUCUCCAUCACUGCCAUGUUGUCAGUCCCACAGUGCUUCGUCCGACCCACGGAGGCUAAGAAGGUGGCUGACGAGUCCAAGAUGCGCUUUGCCCACAUCGACGGAGACCACAUGACGAUGCUCAACGUCUACCACGCCUUUAAACAAAACCACGAGUCCACUCAGUGGUGCUAUGACAAUUUCGUCAACUACCGCUCGCUGAUGUCAGCAGACAACGUACGCCAGCAGUUGUCCAGGAUUAUGGACCGCUUCAACCUGCCGCGGCGGAGCACUGAGUUUAGCAGCAGAGACUACUACACCAACAUCCGCCGCGCGCUGGUCACUGGCUUCUUCAUGCAGAUCGCCCACCUGGAGCGCACCGGCCAUUACCUGACAGUAAAGGACAACCAAGUCGUUCAGCUGCACCCCUCCACUGUGCUGGACCACAAGCCAGAGUGGGUGCUGUAUAAUGAGUUUGUGCUCACCACCAAGAAUUACAUUCGCACGUGCACUGACAUCAAACCAGAGUGGCUGGUGAAAAUUGCCCCGCAGUACUAUGAGAUGAGUAACUUCCCCCAGUGUGAAGCAAAGAGACAGUUGGAGCGUAUCAUUGCAAAACUCUCAUCCAAGGAAUACAGUCAGUACUAAGAAGGUCUGCAUGUGCUGCAAAGGCAUCCUCGGUAUCUGUACAAAGGAAAAUCUGAACUCAUUUGAGUGGUCUUUUGUUUUUUUUUCACCAACAACCUAAUUUUAAAUUCUAUUUUUGUCUCACUGUGUUUAAUGUGUUGUGAUGAUUGGUGAAUUGUGUCCCGUUACCUUUUGAGGGCCAUCUUGUGUCAUUUUUUUGAAGCCAAGAUGGUAAGCACUAGUAGAAAUGGACUGUAAAUGAUUGGUUAUCAGGAAUUUAACUAUUUCUGUUUGAAGCAUGAUGUAAAUUUCAACAUUCCAAUUAAAAACAUCCAUACUAAGUCACA